AUGUCAGGAAAGGUGCAUUACCAGCAAUGUUUUUACAAGCCAUUCGCUGUUCUCAUUUAUUUUGGCACUUCCAAACCCGUUAGUCUCGACGAUUACUUUGGAGACUUUACAACAGAAGUCAAUCGAUUACAAGCUAAUGGCGUUACAAUUAUGGAACAGCGAUUUAAUGUUCGUAUACACUGGUUUAUAUGUGAUACUCCAGCGAGAGCUUUCAUAAAAGGGACAAAGGGUCACACAGGUUUUUAUGCCUGUGAACGAUGUGAAAUAAGAGGUUUUAAAGAAGACAGAGUACCUCAAUUUUCUCGUAUACAUUGUCCAGAGAGGACAGAUGAGUCAUUUAGAAGACGAUCACAACAGCGUCAUCACAAUCCCAAAUCACCAUUUCUACAAGUUGGAAAUGAUUUAUCGUGA